CGCAGACUGACUUGGCUCCUCCUCCUCCUCCGCCGCCGCCCCACUCACGACCUUGUCUCACUACCGCGGCAUUCCGCCUGUUUGUGCGCCGCCGCCGCCGCGUCCUCUCCAUUCCUCGACGCCCGAUGCGCGCCCUCGCGCGCGCCGCGUCGCUCCUGCACCGCGCCGCGGCGUGCACGCAGCCGCAGCACCUCGGCGCCGGCGGCCGCCCGCUCCUCGCCAAGAUUUUGCCAAAUGUCUACUUCAAUGGGUAUUCUACUCUUUUGGCCCCAGCAAAUGAAGGGAUGAUUCCAUCGGAACUUCUAUCUAGCAAGACUGUGUGGACACCAGAUCGAGAGCUCGGGCAGUAUGAGGACCUAGUAGCUAGAGUAACAAACUUCCAUAAUGAGGACAAAGGAUUCAUGGUAUUGGAUGGUGAUGUUUUUGAUGUACCAAUUAGGAAGGAUAUUGUUCACAGAGUAGUAAGGUGGCAGCUCGCUAAAAGACAACAGGGGACACACUCAACUAAAACUAUCAGCGAAGUGAGUGGCACAGGAAGAAAGCCUUACGCGCAAAAGGGAACUGGAAGAGCACGUCAUGGAACAUUGCGUGGUUGCCAGUUUCGAGGCGGUGCGACCAUGCAUGGCCCUAAACCACGAAGCCAUGCAUUCAAGUUGCAAAAGAAAGUACGACGUCUGGGACUUAAGAUAGCCUUGUCUGCUCGAACAGCUGAGGGGAAGCUUUGCAUCUUUGAUGACUUGGACCUCCCUAGCCACAAGACAAAGAACAUUGUGCAGUACAUAAAGCAGAUGGAUGAGACGAAGAAGGUUUUAUUGGUGGAUGGAGGUGACAUCGAUAAGAAGUUAAAGUUGGCUACUCAGAAUCUUCACUAUGUGAACGUCAUCCCAUCAAUUGGCCUCAAUGUCUACAGCAUCCUGCAGCAUGACACCCUUGUAAUGACUCGGGCCGCCAUCAACAGAAUAGUUGAGCGGAUGCACACCCCCAUCAACCGCUAGCAAACCGGGAUUCAAUGGUAUCUGCCUUGUCGCAGACUUGCUUCAUCAGUCCCCUGAUGCUACUAGGCCGUCAGUUCUCGCAAUGCUGGUGGAUGAAAGUAGCUCCGACAGAAUUUUUUGUUUUUCUCUUCCCAGAACAUUCAUGGGCUAAUCGUUUCCAAGGCCUGAAACUCUGUGGCAUGAAACGUGUCAAAGUAGGAAACAAAUGUGUUGUACCGAGCAUGCGCUCCUGAGGAUUUUAAAUAAAAACUAACUUUGUUUCAAAAACUUGAGGUUGUACCCCUAUGAUUUGCAAUCCAAAGUUUUCUUUUCCUAA